AUAUGGCAGAACUUGAGGAUUGACAGUGAAAUCAUUCCGCUCAAAAUUUAUCGUCAGAAUGAGCUGUCGCACCGCGAAAUGGAAUUGAGUCGGAAUUGAGCGAAAGCAAUUGCUUUGACAACUCUAGAUAUUAUAUAUUAUAUUACAUACAAAAUUCAGUUUAUGACAAAGUAACUUUUAAAAUAUAGCAUUACAUUAUAAUGCAACAGCAUGUUUAGUCGUCACGAGCUGACAACGUAAUGCGGCGACGUCAAGAACGAGACGAGUUGUUCUAUGCCCUCAAUUUCAAUGGCACCGGCUACUGCGAAUGGAACUAAAAUGGCCUGGGCAUCGAUUAUCAGAUUCUCGCUGGUCCCACUUUCAUUCUACUCUUCACCAUAGCCGGUGUCUUCAUGGGUUUUGCGGCCGACAAAUACAAUCGGAUCAAGAUGCUCACCGGCAUUGCGAUCUUCCUGCACAGCAGCGUUAAGCAGUAUUGGCAUCAGGUGAUAUUGAGCAUGAUAAUCGCCGCCGGUGAGUCCGGUUGCAAUCCCCUCGCCACCGGAAUUAUGUCCGAUGUUUUCCCGGAAAGCAAACGUGCCUUGGUUAUGGCCAUCUUCAACUGGGGCAUCUAUGGCGGCUAUGGCAUUGCCUUCCCUGUGGGUCGUUACAUUACCAAGCUCAACUUCUUCGACUUGGGCUGGCGUGUGUGUUAUCUGGGUGCCGGUGUCCUGACCAUCAUUGUGGCCGCACUCACUGGAUCGACGAUUCUGAAGGAGCCGGAACCGAAGGCAAUCGGUGAGGGAGAUCGUCAAACGGCCAGCGGUAAAACCGACAUUGUGGCAGGUGAUCAAAAGUCCUGCCAUGAUUAUGCUGAUGAUUGCCGCCUCCAUAUGUCACUGUGGGGCAUGACGUUUGCCAACAAUGCGGAUCUCUAUUACAACACCUAUUUCCCCGAUGUUGAUCUCGGCUGUUGGUUUUUUGCCGUUACCAUUGGCAUUGGCAGCGUCGGUGUCGUUGUCGGUGGAAUUAUGGUCGACAAGAUUGUCGCCCAAAUGGGCAUCAGAUCGCGUACCUUUGUCCUUGCGCUCAGUCAAUUGAUUGCCACGCUGCCCGGCUUUGGUUCCGUCUACUUUGAUCCCUUGUGGGCCAUGAUCACGCUGGGCCUGAGCUAUUUAUUUGCCGAAAUGGUGUUCGGUAUUGUGUUUGCCAUUGUCGUCGAGAUUGUCCCGUUGCGUGUGCACUCCUCGACCAUUGGCGUCUUCCUCUUUGUGAUUAACAACAUUGGCGGCAAUCUGCCCAUUCUUGUGGAUCCCGUUGCCAAGAUGAUCGGCAAUCGCGGCUCCAUUAUGAUCUUCUACUCGGGCUUCUAUGGCAUCAGCUCAAUUCGUUUCCUCAUCAAUUGCUUCCUGCUGGAGGGCAAGCCCAAGACAGAGGAGGUUGUUGCCGCCCAGGAGUCGCAGCACAAGGGACUCGGCGGCGAUGCUGUUCUCAAUGCUUCGUCACUGUAAAGCUGUUCGCACGCCACAUUUACCAGAGAAUUACCCAUAUUCCGUAUGUUCACUCGGAUGCGUAUGUGUGUAUGUGAGGGUGCGUAAAAUACGACAAGCAGGAAGCACCAAAACUUGCAUGUGUGUGUGUUUCGUCCGGACGAAAAAUGUUUACGAAUUGUCCUCAGUUGAGUGUAAGAAUGUGCACAGCAAAAGAGAUCGUCAAAAUGAGGGCGACAUGUUAACCACCUUGAGAACGCUACACACACACUUACGCAAGCGCGACAAACACACAAACAAACAGCGGCGCCAACAGCAAUGCCACCAA